CACAGCGUGUGCAUUGGCCCACUACAACUCCCAGAAGCCUUUGCUGUCGGUCGUAGACAAAUUCACGAGAAGCCUCCUCGAUAGCAGCUCCGACCUCCAGUAUCCAACAUACUGGCAGAGCACAUUGGGGGAAAAGCGCAAGAAAAGCCGUGAAAAGUGGGUAACAGCUGAAAAGGGAACUAUCACAUUUAUCCAGUUGACGAUAUUUGCCUCCAUCACCAGUGGACCUGUACAUGUUUAUUGUUCCGCACAGAAGAAGGAUUAAACGAAAACUUCCAACGAGGAAUUUCAGGAUGUUGGUCUGAGACAAAGGGGUCCGGGGCAUUGCAUUCGGAGUGGGGUUGCUUUCAUUCUCCUGGUGCGCUCUGGAUGGGAAGAAAUGGAAACAGAGUCGCAAUGGUGGAAGGGACAGCUGGCCGCGGACAUUCACCAAACUCUCCGCAUCAAAGAACUGAAGCUGCCCGCCUACCAUGCCCACUCUCCGCAGAUUGGCAUGCGUCGCUACUUUGCCGACCUGCUGGCCAUCCUGAGCAACCGCUACCAGCUGUGUGCCACCGCGCGCCACCUGGCCGUCUACCUCCUGGAUCUCUUCAUGGACCACUACGACGUGGCCAUCAAGCAGCUCUAUGUCAUCGCCCUGUCCUGCCUACUGCUAGCCAGUAAGUUUGAGGAGAAGGAGGACCGUGUCCCGAAGCUGGAGCAGCUGAACUCGCUGGGCAUCAUGUGCAGCCUGAACCUGGUGCUCAACAAGAAGGACCUCAUCAAGAUGGAGAUCCUGCUGCUGGAGACCUUCAACUGGAACCUCUGCAUCCCCACGCCCGCACACUUCAUAGACUACUACCUCCAGGCAUCUGUUCAGGAGGGGGACCUCUACAGCAGCUGGCCUCUCACCUCCCUCACCAAGACCAAAGCCUUCAUGGACAAGUACACACACUACUUCCUGGAAGUCUCCUUACAAGAUCACGCCUUCCUGAGUUUCCGUCCGUCCCAGGUGGCGGCGGCGUGCGUGGCGGCGUCUCGUAUCUGUCUCCAGAUCAGCCCCAGCUGGACCACGGCGCUGCACCUCCUCACCGGCUACACGUGGGACCACCUCACCAAGUGCAUCGAGCUCAUGCUGCUGGCUCACGACAACGAUGUGAAGGAGGCCAACAAGACCAAAUCCCCGCACCACCCCUCCAGCCAGCUCUCCCUGCAGUCGGUGGCUCAGCACAUGCACCACCUCUCCCCCAUCUCCGCUGCCGUGCAGCGCCCCGCCCUCACCUCCUCCGCCAGCCUCUCCUCUUGCUCCUCCUCCUCUUCCUCCUCCUCAUCCUCUUCAUCAUCAUCCUCCUCGUCUUCAAUUUCCAACACCCAGUCGCUGCUCUUCCACGCGGCCCACCGAGAGUUCCAGACCCACCUGGCCCAGCACUCGCCCUCCCUGGCCCAGCUGCAUGCCUUGGCCUCGGCCGCUGAGUCUCAGUCUCUGGCCGCCUCCACCAACACCACCACCACCGCCUCCAUGGUGCCUCACCAGGACUUCCUCCAGGCCCACCACCGCAUGGCCAUCGGGCUGCCUGGAGGGGCUGCCGAGAUAGCCGCGGCCACAGCUGGAGUACCCACCCUGCCCUCGUUGUCUUCUCUAUCCCCUUACCAGAGCCUGCCAGCGGCCUUGCAGACUGCAGGAGGCUCCCGGGCGCUGGCCCUCCAGGGUCCCCUAUCCAUGCAGGUGGCCAUCACAGCUGAGCCCAGGCACUGCAUGAGCAUGGCGGCCUACUCGGGGAUUGGGAACGGGGUCGGGGGUAUCGGCAGCGUGGGCGUCGGAGCGCUGGGAGGGUAUCUGGGCGGCACGCACCUCCACCACCAUCACCACCACCCGACCUUCAGCGCGGCCGGCUGCUUCAACAGGUGACGCCAGGAGCGCGGCAGGAAGUGCAAGCGGGGCGAGCAGCGGCCCAGCAGCACGGCGGAGACCUCCACGUCCUCCUCUUCCUCCUCCUCCUCCUCCUCCUCCUCGUAUGACAUCACUUCCUGUCUCUCGCUCCUCCGUACGCCGCCCCGCUCCCUUUCCUCCUCUCGCACGCUGCUGGCCGCCCUGCGGGACAAGCGGCAGAAGCACAGAACAAAGACGGGUGCCGCCAGCAGCACCAGCAGAGACCCUGUUGAAGUUAUCACUUUGACAUGACCUCUGAAGGUCGCUGGCUUUACACGGGACCUCUGAGGGUCUCUAACUUUACACAGAAUCUGUGAAGGUUGAUGACUUUGUAUGUGACCUCUGAAGGUUGCUGACUUUAUGUUGUAUGUGACCUCUGAAGGUCUCUGACUCUACAUGCGACCUUUGAAGGUCUCUGACUCUACACGUGACCUCUGAAGGUCACUGCCUUCAGACCUAGUUUUUACCUCUUUGGAGAUGUUCCUUAAAAAACAGACAGACACAAACAAACAAACAAACAAAAGGAGGGACCUGCGAUUCCUGUCACUGUGAUUUUUAUAUUGUUUGUUGUUUUGUUUUGUUUGUAGGAAGCCGUGUCAUGCAUUUUUACCAUGUGGCUUCUCUUCCCUCCCUUCCCAUUCUUGUGGAAGCGUGACUGGACAUGAACUACCAGGGAUGCAUUGCAUUGUAUUGCAGUGCAAUACUGGAGCUGCUUGACAUGCUUUGACUUUGGUGAAUUUACAAAACUGUGUGUGUUUGGGGCCAGUGAGUUGGCCUUAGGGCCCACUGACUUCAGAAGAACCACUGACUGCCUGACCUCCCUAGAACCUCCACUGGAAGUGUUUCUGUGGUGAUGUAAGUCAGUGAGGUGUCUGUGUCAAGGUGGUCUUCAGGGUUUGGGAAGAUGAGAUGAAAAGUGUCCAAACACUGUUUCUGUUCACAAUCCU